AUGCGUGACCACGUUCACUGCAGAGCAGAGCAGAACUCCCCUUUGCCCGACAGUCUGCUUGGCCUGGGCUUUGUCUCCCCCUAUCCCUCCUUCCACGUUCCCCCCCCCUCCCCCACCCCAUCUCUUCCCCCCUCGUCUUCCAAAGAUUUUCCCCCAUCCAUUUUUUCCUCCGCUCUCCUCUCUCCCCCCGACUUCUUCAACCCCUCCCCUCUCCCCAUGCUUCCCCCGCAAACUCCCUCCCUUACUUCCCACAACCCCGCUCCCCUUCCUCCCCCAUCCACCAGCACAGCACAAUUCAUUUCACUACCCCUCCAGCAGUACAAGACACCAGUGCCACCCCCCUCCCCACUUUCCGUUCCGCCCGCCCCCUCCGUCACUCUCUGCCGCAUGUACAGCACACCAGUGCCACUCCCCUCCCCACUUUCCGUUCCGUCCGCGCGUCCCUGUCAAGAAGCGCCCUCCUCUCAUCAGCUUCCUGCCGCCCCCUCCUCCCUCUCCUCCCUUGCUCGUUCGUCCAGCCUGCCUGCGGGCCUGCAGCAGCAACACUCGCCGAAACCUGUUGACCGCUGUGGCUAUUUGUUCAGGUGGAGUUGA